AUGCCUCACUUCAAUCCCUUGUCAUCAAUCGUGAAUCAAAAUAAACUUGACGGUCCAAACUAUGUUGAUUGGAAACAAAAUUUAGAUAUUGUCCUAACUUUUGAGGGUUAUAAAUUUGUAUUGGUUGAGGAAUGUCCUAUCAAAUCAGCAGAUCCUACUGAUGAUGAAUUCCAAGCCUAUGACAAAUGGGUUAAGGCUGAUAACAUGGGAAGAUGCAACAUUCUUGCCUCAAUGGCGAAUGUCUUGCAGCAUCAGCAUCAGUCUAUGACAUCUGCUUACGAUAUGCUCGUAUCUCUUAAGGAGAUGCUUGGUGAGCAGAAUCGUGUUGCAAAGCAGACUGCCAUGAAAUCCCUUUUGACCACAAAAAUGGUUGAAGGAUCUUUUGUCAGAGAACAUGUGUUGAAGUUGAUGAGUUACUUGAAUGAGUUGGAGAUACUUGGUGCUGAGAUUGAUAAGGAAUCUCAAGUUGAGAUGAUCCUUCAGACUUUGCCGGACAGAUUUCAACAGUUUCGCUUAAACUAUUAUAUGAAUAAGAUGGACAUGUCUUUAGCGAAAUUGUUGAAUGAGCUGCAAGCGACAGAGACUAUAAUUAAGCAGCAAGCUCAUGCGACAUUCCUGGUUGACAAGGUUGGGCCGUCCUCUUCAAAACCAACAAAAUUCCAGAAGAAAAAGAAAAAUCCCCGCCAGGCUGUGACACCCGGAGGUGCUAAGGGUGGUGUGUCUAACCCGAAAGGCAAGUGUUUUCAUCGCAAGCAGCCUGGACACUAUAAAAAACAAUACCCCGACUUUCAGGCUAAGAUGAAAAACAAAGAAUCAUAUGAUAGAAUCCCUGAAGAGCCUAAUACAGAACCAUUGAAUUACGCUGAAGCACUACAUGAUAAAGAUGCUGAUAUGUUGAUUAUUGCUAUGAAAUCUGAAAUGGAGUCUAUGUACUCUAAUCAAGUCUGGGAUCUUGUAGAACCACUUGUGGUUGUCAAACCUAUUGGUUGUAAGUGGAUCUUCAAGAAAAAUAGAGGUGUGGAUGGAAGAGUGAAAACUUUUAAGGAUAGGCUUGUUGCGAAAGGGUUUACUCAAAAAGAAGGAAUUAAUUAUCAGGAAAAAUUUUCGUCGGUAGCUAUGCUUAAAUCCGUUAGGAUUCUCUUGUCCAUUGCUGCUCAUUACAAUUAUGAGAUUUGGCAAAUGGAUGUCAAGACGACUUUUCUAAACGGAAGUCUAGAUGAAUGCAUCUACAACCCGAAGGUUUCAUAG